AUGCUGCCGCAUCCGCUUGCUGUGGGUGGCGUUCCCGAACGUGAACGCUCGCGAAGAUGCACGCAGAUGCCGUUCCUGCGAGGCCUCGCCAAAUAA